AUGCGGCCAAGCGGCGUGAGCACCGCACCGGCUGAUGCUGCUCUACUCAACGCUCUGCUGGUGAUGGCUAUCAUGAAUGUUUACGACUCUCUACAGUUCCUUUGCAAAGGCUAUAAAGCAAGCCUUGUAACUGAAACUACAAUUCCUGGGUGUAUCCUUUAUUCCCACUCCUUUGUCUUGAAUCUACAGCCACGCAUUGCUGGCGGUGGGUGGAGCGAGAAGAGAAGAGAAGAGGUGGGGAUACGGGUGUACAUGCCGCACCCAGUUCACCCGUGUUUCUACCCCUCCAUGGUUUGGGGUUUCUUCGGAUCACCGCAGCAGCAGCAGCAGCAGCAACAACAACAAGGAGAGAAACAGCUGCAGCUGCUGCAACAGCAGCAGCAACAACGGUAG